GUUGAGGACCCGCGACGAUCAACGGAUUGUGUCGGCUCGCUUAGCAGUGGUUGAGAACAGCCAGCUUUAGCUUUGGUGUUGCAACUCUCCAAGUCUGCAUUGCGUUUCCCACGGGCGUGGUCCUUCCCAACAUUGAAGUGCACCUGUCAGGCCAACUCGAGGAAGCAGCAACGGCAGGUCAAGAGUGAGAAGGUGCAGAGCGCGUCAGACGCCAAAUUGGCCAAUCAGACAUGACAGCCAGCGACCCGCCUUUUUAGACGCGGACCGAGCUCUGAUUGGCGAAUUGGCUCCCGUCCGAGGUCCUCACCCAGGGCGGCGGUUCAUCGCAUCGUCAUGGCUCCAACCUGUUGCGAUUUCCACUGUACGGUACUACUCAAGGAGAAUUGAAUUUUCCACCUCUCUCGGUGCUCAACCCAGCCAGCCCAGAGCAAAUGAGCCCCGCGCCCAGCCGGACUGCACCCAAACGGUCCGCAGUGGUCAAAAAAGGCCUUGGCUGGAAAACCGGGCCCAGACAAUCAGGCAGCAGAAUUAACUGACCCCUCCACCCCUCCACCAGGAAGAACACCUCAAUCUAUUUGCACACCUUACCUGGGCACCCACACACAUCCGAAAGGCCGCAGCAAGACCGACACGACCACAAUGUAUCUCUUCGGAGGAGACAGGCCAUGGGAUGCAUCCCAGUUCACCGCCUCGGACGACCGUGUCCGCGGCGGCAAGUCACAGUCCUACCUGACCGUGCUCAACGGCCCGGAAGCCGCAGCGUCCCAGGCCCAGUUCUCGGGUAACCUGGACAUCACCGCCCUGGGCGGCGCCGGCUUCGCCUCCCAGCGCACCGCGGACGACGUCCCGGGCUGGGACGUCUCAGGCUACGACGUCCUGGUGCUGGAUGUCGCCCGUGCCGACUCCCGCAAGUACACCCUCACCCUCAAGGACGAGAUACUCCCGCGCCGGCCCGAUGGCCGUGAUCAGAGCACCGUCAGCUGGGAGUACGACUUUGUUGUCGGGGCUGGGGCUGGGGCUGGGGCUGGAGAGGGCCAUGCCACCGGCAGCGGCAGCACGGCUGGCUCGACUCUGCUGGUGAUCCCCUUUGGGGACUUCCAGCCCACGUACCGUGGCAAGCCGAAGCCUGAUGCUGAGCCCCUGGACCUGAAGAACGUGAAGCGUGUCAGUUUCAUGAUGAGGAGUUUCUUCGGCACCCAAGAGGGAGACUUCUCCAUCGUCUUCAACUCGGUGGCCGUGGAGAAGAGGGACAAGCUGCGGGAUGGCUCGAUCGACUCGGUAGCUGCGGCCAAGCUCGUUCGAGACGGGCAGCAGCGUGCGGACAGCAGUGCUUCCAAGGGCGGCAGCACCCUGGCAUCGUGGUUCGGGAAGCUGUGCGGCUGGGGCAGGUGACUCCCGGGCUCCCAGCAGACAGGUGUGUCCCGUUCGCCGAGGGCGAAACUUUGAGCCACGAGGGCCAAGCUUUCGUCGCAGGGUUUGAGGUUCAGGCGGCUGCUUCCUGGCCUGUGCACUGUCACGCCGCAAAAUAUCGUCGUGCCUUUUCCUCAGACAGAGGAAUGGAAAGACACAGUAAAUAUAUCGGUUCAAAGGCAAUAUCACACGAGGUCAAAUGUCUUAGUCUCUAUCCUACGAGCCUUUGCAGCUUCAAUAAACUCUUCAUGCAUGAU